AUUAUAAAUUCUUUAUUGGCCAUCAAACUUAGUUUUCGAUGAACGUAAUAAAGAAAUAUAUAUAUAUAUAUAUAUAUAUAUAUAUAUAUAUAUAUAUAUCGCCGCUGGUUAUCUUCUCCAAUCGCUCGAUCAAGCGGCCGACCAUGCCUGUGAAAUGGCUGAUGCACUGGCAGCCGAACUCGGGGGCAACGAUGAGCAGCCAGAUACUGGCGGAGGUGUGCCAGUGCGUGGAGGGCUUCGGCAGCGCCGCCAAGGAGGGUCGGUGGCGGACCACGCUCACCAUCUACCGUCCCGUGGCCCGCGAUCCGUCCUCCACCGCCACCUCCGCCCCGGUCCCCAUGCCUGGCGACCUCCCGCGCGACUUCCUCGGCCUCACCCUACAUGACCGCCCCGGCGCCUACUUCUUCAUCCUGCGGCACCAUCGCCUCAUCCUCCAGGCGGACGCCAACGUCCAGUCCCUCAUGGAUAAGCUCCAGUCCUACAAGGCUCGCGUCGUCCUCCACUUCGAGGGAUUCCAGUAUCAACUUGGAGACUUUAUGUUGAGGGUGGGAAAAUGUGUUCAAUCGCAUGCCGAUACAUUGAGGGGAAUCAUGAUGGAGGUAGAGUACCUUCCGCUAUCUUCGAUAGACAAGUCUAGGCAAAUCAUGGAAGACUUCUUAGACAUAUGGCAGGAUGCAGUCAUCAAGAAGUCACUGCCGGGCCAAUUCAUCAACGUCGAGUUGAACUUUGCAGACUACGGUCUGCAGGACCAGUACACUCCUCAGCACACUGCGCUUCAGUACGCCACUUGCAUAGUGCAACUGAUGGCUACGGUAAGAAGUUAAAAAGAGUACACUCUCGGACGGGGUGUAUCUAUUUAUGGACUGCAAAGCUUAAUUUGGUGAGGAGGAGGAGUACAUCUAUCUAUUCGAAGCACUGCAACAGAAUGGUAGAAAAACAAUCGUCAUCAUCGUGUCAACCUAUUGUUUUAGUUAACUGACUCGUAUUUUGCUCUCUGAAAACCAAAUGCCGCCAGAUGGUUGACAUUCCACGA